AUGUCAGAUUGGAUAUCCACGUUUCCUGGGUAUAGACAGCUAUUUGCAACAGGCAAGAAAAUGUUUGGACGAAUUUUGCUGACAGGUCCCGUACCGCAACAUGUUGGGAUUAUUAUGGAUGGCAAUCGGAGAUAUGCUAAAUCGCAUAAACUUGAAAUCAAAGAAGGUCAUAGUUUAGGGUUUGACACUAUGGCAAACAUACUUGAAUUGCUUUACGAACUGGGAGUAAAAGCCACUACGGUGUAUGCGUUUUCGAUUGAAAAUUUCAAUAGAUCGUCAUAUGAAGUUAAGUGGUUAAUGGAUUUAGCAAAAGCGAAAUUCACCCAGAUUAAUCAAAAUGGACUAUUGUGUAGGGAUUACGGAGUACGAAUAAAGAUCUUGGGAAAUCUAAGUUUAUUGCCUCCCGAUGUGCUCAAAAUUCUUCAUGAAACAGAAGAGAUUACCAAGCACAACACUAGAGCAGUUUUGAAUGUUUGUUUUCCAUAUACUUCAAGAGAUGAAAUGACUUAUGCUAUUAAAAACAUUGUUGACAAUGCGACGAGGUCAUCGUCAUCGUCAGUCAUAGAUGAGAGCACCAUUGACAAAUAUUUAUACACAGGGGACGUACAGCCAUUGGAUUUGUUAGUGAGAACCUCAGGUACUUUUAGGUUAUCGGAUUUCUUACUAUGGCAAAGCGUUUCCCCGGAUUGCGCAGUGGUGUUUGUGGAUAAACUUUGGCCCGAAUUUUCUCCAUGGGAUAUGUUGAAAAUUUUGAUCAACUGGAGUUUCAAUAAAUAUUGGUACGGGAAUGCUUGUGGCAAUGGAGUCAAUUCAAAAGUGUUGGUUGAGAAAGAACUGAAAAUGGUUGAGGAAGCAGAGCCUUUGAUUUCAGGGUCAAAGUAUAACUCUGGAUUUAAAAGGAUACGCAGUGAAGACGAUGAGGAUGACGAGAAUUCUGAUAUUAGCAGUAGCAAAGAUGUAGACACGGGUGAGGAUACAGUGACCUCGGAGGACGAAGGUGGAGCUUUAUUGAAAAAGUGA